AGUUUAGAAGUAGUGCAUAUUGAUUUGGAUCUGCAGAAAACAGUAUUCCUCUGGUCUGUCCCUUUUGCGCUCUGCUGACUGAUUUCCUUCCCUGCUUUACAGGGAAUGUUGGUUUACUAAGUAACUCUAGACUGAUCCUAAGACUGACUCCUUGCUUUCUAAGUCUGAAGUGGCUGUUGGUUCAGCUUUGGCACUUGCAAAGGCUGUUUAUUGCUAUUAUGUUGUUAGGUGGAAUGGUUAUUUGGCAGUCAGGCACCUGAAUUUGGUUUUUUUAGCCUAGGACUACAACAAUUACACAUCAAAAAGUUCCUAGUUUAUCUUUUGGGUUCCCUCCUAAGUACUUUUUCCUUGGUAGAUAGAUAAUAUCUGAGUCAAGGCACAGUGUUUCUAUGGAGUGGCACAUCUACCUUAGAUGAGGCUGUAGCAGAAGUGAAGCUGGUCACUUGAAAAACUCACUGCCAUGUGCCAGUGUUGUGCCUCCUUGCCGUGUGCUAUCAGGUAGUUGGAAGCUGUAUGUUUAAAAAAACAAGGAGUUGGUGGGCAAUAGAUCUUAAUGCUGAAUAAAACACAUAAAGGUAGAUAUUGUACGUCUCCAUGUGUACAAGUCAGUAUUGGUGCUUGGAAUGCUUGAAAGAAAUAAGGUGUCUGUUGAAAGGUGUAUUUUAGAUAUGCCUGUAGAGUCAGUCAUAGCAUUAAAGAAAAUGAAUUGUAUUGAUGUAGUUUGAGUCUUCUGCUGUUCUCUCAUAUGGUGCUACUUGUGUUUGCUGAUCAGUUUAAGCUAGUGUACUUCCUAUGCAGGGCACUGCCUAAGCACCCCCCCUUCCCAUCAUCUCCAUCAUCUCCUUCUGCUGCAGCUGUCCUGCCAACCUAAGCCCUAAAAUUCUCUGCUUUGUCCUCACCUUGAUCAGCCCUCUGAUCUAAUUCACCAUUUAGCUUUUGUAAUAGCACAAAUGGUAUAAAUUCAUAUUGUCACAGAAGGAAACAAAGGAAAACCAUGUUAGCUAAGUCUAGUGUUGCAGAAACAUUUACAAAUCUAGUAGUGUUCACUGUGAGUAUCUCUUAAUAGGAAUGAUAGACAAAGCUUUGAGAACUCUGAAAAGAGUAGUGGUUCAGGAAAGGAGGGCAGGUGAAGGAGAUGAAAACAACUGAUUUUUUCUUGGUUUUCUUCCCCUGCCACUUGGACUCCCAGUCUUCUCUCUAGAGAUAAGUGACAAGCAUUUCAGUCCUCAGAAGUCCUAAUAAAGAAGGUAGUGACAGUUAGUCCGGUUAAAGAACAGAAAGAAAUGUUUGUUUUGCAGCAAAGGUGAUUUAAGCUUACUGUUGAGAAAAUACUUUCUAACUGAUCAAGUGGGAAGCGGCUGCAUAGGGUAAUGGAGGAGAUCAGCCUUUUCCUUUUUUUUCUUGUUUCUGAGGUCUGACUGAUACCUCGUGGAAGUUAACAUAGAUAUUUGCUUGUGUGCCUUGAUGCAGCACAAUUAAAUCUCUUAGAAUCCUUUUUAUAAGUCAAUUUGUAUUCGGUCUUGACAUUCUGCAGCUCAAAACACGUUCAUAUGUGGUAGUUUUGCAGUUCCACUAACUAAAACUGGUUAAUACAAUACUCACAUUGUAACUAAUGCUAUAAGACACAUAAAUAAAAUUCAAAAGAAGUGCUGGGUAGUAUCUUAAUAGAAUCUUCUGUUUUCAGUGUUAGACUUUGAUACAAGAUGAUGUAUGCAGAUCUUCCAGAAAAGUCAGUUUAGUUAUAUCUGAGUAAGCACUCGUCAUUCGUGUGGCACUAAUUAAACUCUCAGAGCAGGGACUUACAGAUUAUUUUUUUAAUCACACUUAACAUUGAGCAUGUGGAUUUGUGUAAUCACGGGCAACAUACUUACUUAGAUGAGGCCUGAUGUCCUCUGCCAGCAAAUAUCUAUCAAGAAGCUUUAUCCCUAUUUUGUAAGGCAGUAUCUGAGCUUUGACAUAUAUAGGAAGAAGGUUGACUUGGAUCGAGUUAUGGCAGUGAGAGAGUCUGAGCAGCAUCAUAGCCUUGUUUCAGCCCAGUUUCAUCUUGAUUAUAGGCUGAUGCUCGCCAUCUCGAUUAUAGGCUGAUUAUAGGCAGCGUAGAUCUUAAAGAAGGGGUAGGUGAACACUGAGGGCUUCCCAAACUGGGAUAGUGUUGGGAAGCAUAGGUAGCAGGCACUAGAGUGUUUGUGACUCUGCUGUCCUUUAGGCCUGCUCAAAGCAGUGUUUUCUAAUAAAAGGUGUCAUAAGCAUCAGCCCUGUGGUAGCUGGAAAGGAAGGCACCGGAGCACUGCCUUCUGUGUGCCUAGAGACAGAUCUGUCUGUAGUACUCGCCCCUGCCAGCUGCCUCACUGCUCCAUCAAGCACAUGGUUCAGACUCAUGGCUGUACUCAAGAUGACCUUGUGGAGAGCAGAUCUGGAUCAGACGGACAGCAGUUUCCUUUGCCCAACUUCUGCCUGGAAGGCUGUAGGGUAAAAGAAUACCUGUGAAAGAUGGUGGAUCGCUUGGCAAACAGUGAGGCAAAUACUAGAAGAAUAAGCAUCGUGGAAAACUGCUUUGGAGCAGCUGGUCAACCUUUGACUAUUCCUGGUCGUGUUCUGAUUGGAGAGGGAGUACUAACAAAGCUGUGUAGGAAGAAGCCCAAAGCAAGGCAGUUCUUCUUGUUCAAUGACAUUCUUGUUUACGGUAACAUUGUCAUCCAGAAGAAGAAAUACAAUAAACAGCACAUAAUCCCAUUGGAAAAUGUCACUAUUGAUUCCAUCCAGGAUGAGGGAGACUUACGGAAUGGGUGGCUUAUCAAGACACCAACAAAAUCUUUUGCAGUUUAUGCUGCCACCGCUACAGAGAAGUCUGAGUGGAUGAACCACAUAAAUAAGUGUGUUUCCGAUUUGCUUUCCAAAAGCGGGAAGACUCCUAGCAAUGAACAUGCAGCUGUCUGGGUACCAGACUCGGAAGCCACUGUGUGCAUGCGCUGUCAGAAAGCAAAAUUUACACCCGUCAACCGUCGUCACCACUGUCGCAAGUGUGGCUUUGUUGUGUGCGGUCCCUGCUCUGAAAAGAGGUUUCUCCUCCCAAGCCAGUCUUCCAAGCCUGUGCGAAUUUGCGACUUCUGCUAUGAUCUUCUUUCUACUGGAGAGAUGACUGCUUGUCAGUCUACUAGAUCAGACUCCUACAGCCAGUCACCUAAAUCAUCUUUAAAUGAUGUAUCUGAUGAUGAUGAUGAUGAAGACAGUAGUGAUUAAGGACCAUUUUUAUCAUGUGCCGCAAUUUGUGUUUCAAACCAUACAGAGCUGCUUUUGGGGAAGUCUGUAGUAAGGUUCCUCAGAGAAAUCUUGUUCUAGCCAUAAAAUAUGCCUGAAUAUCUUCAGUUGUGAUGUGCCUCAAUCUAUGAAUUCUCUAGACAAUAGUUUUUCACUCCUCUGCAGGGAUAGACUGUUGCAAAUGUUAUCAGCGUAUUUUCCAACUUCUUAUACUUGAGUUUUCUAGGUUAGACUCGUGGAAGAUUGGAGAAUAAAUGUACUUUCUUAAUUUAACAACCCAUACUUCCUAAUGUUUCAUAUUGGUAUGUUAUGUGGAUUUUUUCAGGUAUGGGGAGAGAAAAUGUAAGCAUGCAUGGAACAGCGAUGUUUUGGUUAAUCCCUCAGACCAUCUUGGUUUUUGAUAUGUAAUGAGUUGAAAUGUGACAUAGCUUACAAACUUAAAUGUCACAAUAUUUGGAAAUUGUCUUGUUUUGCUUUUAUUUAUGACUUUCUAUGCCAAGCAGUGCCUUGUACCAAUUGUGCUGAUUCAGGAAGAAACAAACCUGUUCUGUGUCGUCUGUAUUUGCCCAAUGAUGGUAUCUGAGAUUGUUGGUGCUAUUGAAAAUAACUGCUGUGUUCAAAGUGGAGCUUUGACAAGGUCAUAACUGUACCCUGCAGUGGGUGACAGAAACCCAAAUCACACAUCCUCACCUGCGCAGGCAGACCUGGACACUCUGCAGGCUCCCACAGGCUUCAGCGGGAUUCUUGCAGAGUUGUAUUGCGGGUCGCGAUCUUGAGAUGAGAAGCUUAGGGCGACUCUUCAUGGGGAUUUAUACAGUUUCUUUUCAGAACAGUUUCUAAGUUUCAAAUUUGGCAAAAGUCUACUGAAAAUUUUGUUGGAUGAUAUGGCAUUUGGAUGUGGUAGCCUACAUGUUUUUUGAAAUAACUCCCCAAAAUGACACUAAAUUGUUUCUUAAAACAUUGGUGAGAGAGUUGGGUUUUCCCCCUAGAAGUUUUAUUGACUUGUUUUAAAAAUAGCCUCAUUUUUUGAACAAAAAGCCUGCAAAUGUCUGUAUAAAUUGGCUUUCCUUUUUACACAGCUGACCUCAGGAUAAAUGUGAGAUGCAAGUUAUUUCAUUCUAAAUGUAUACCCAGGACCAAGAAAGAUGUAUUUAAGAACUAUAAUGAAAUCAUCAGUGCAGAAAAUGUCUCUAUCAUAGUAUCCAUUUUUUACUUUUAAUAAAGUUCUUGAAUACAGAGUUGUCAUGUUCCUAUAAAAAUGUAAAGGUUAGACUUGUAAAGCCAUGUUAAGUCUCCAAAUGCUAUGUUUCUAUAUUUUUAUAAUGGUAGCCUCAAUUUUGAAGCAGAAAAACCUCUUAGAAGUAGUCUUAUGAAUAUAGUAGCAACCCUCUUUAUAGAGAAAAAAAUGUUAAACUUUUGUAUCUCUAAGUGACAAUUUCUGCACUGUUUGCCUUGAUUGGCAAUAAUUGGGUUAAAUAUUUAUUGAAUAAACAAUCAAUGCUGCAUAUUGCACUAGUCUCCUAUUCUGUAUGCUGUAAAUGUCAGUCAUAAUUUUUUAAAGUAGAAAUUAGCAGAGUACUUCAAAGCUAUAGCCCUCUGUGAGAUUUCUGGUAACUGAAGAUGUACUUGGCAUCUUUAGGGAGGCACUCUGCAUUAAUAGUCUGCAGUGCAUUGCUUCAGGUGAAAAUUGCAUUAAUACUUUGAGCUUGGGCAAUUUCCAAAAGGAAGGUUUCUUUUAAAAGCACUGAAGGGUAUUUGAGCUACUUAGAAAUAAACACAAAAAGGGGGAAAUGCUUUCUGAUGGAGACUAGGGACUGCGAAAAUUCUGUAAAGUUACCAGAUUAGCAAUAAACAAUUGUAUAUACUGAAAAACUAGAUGAAAUAAGUAGAUAGAUAUUCCUUGAAGGAUAGUGGAAUGGUGACCUGCAGCAGGGGAAAAUGGGCUGUCCUGAGAAGGCACUUUUAGUUAGUAGUGCUUACUUUUUGUACCUCUCUUACUUUGUAUUUCAGGAAUGGAGACUCAUCAGCUUCAGUUUUUUUACAGAAGUACAAACCUCCCUUGUACAUACUUUCUAGUGACUAACAAUCAUUUUCUUCCUGAUGGAAUUGUUUCCUUUUUCUUAAGCUGUCAAAUAUUAACUUGUGUUGUUAAAAGGUUUCAUCUCCUUGUGUACUUUUCCCUGUGUUGCCAUAUGUUGUGCUUACUUUCAGCACUUUUUAGGGGUGGGAAAAGGGUUGCUGAGAGUUAGAUCACAUCCUAUAUUUUGCAGAAUGUUCUUGUACCUACUUCAAAUAUCUUUUUAUCUGUGAAUGGAACUUGCACUGUGCCGCACUGAUCCCUAAAGCUGUAACCAAACCAAUGUGUGUGGGGGGGUAUUUUUCAGCAGAAAUUGAUGUAUAUGGUCCAAACUUUUUGAGAAAGCAUUAAAAAGGUGGUUUAUGGUAAUACUUCUUUCCCUCAGUGGUAUUUGUUUAAAACUUAACAAAAUGGACUUAACAUCGACUUCUCUUGUACUUACAAAUUCCCAAAAGGGCUCAUUUCGUACUUUGUAAUCUUGUUAUGUCAAAUUAUUUAAUUUACAAAUAUACGGUGUAGCUUCAAGCCUAUAUGUGUUAAAUUUUCUUUAACUGUGGGCCUUCAAGGGUGGCAGAAAUUAGGGUGGAUGCUUUUAAUCUUGAUAAGUAUUUUACCAGCAACUUUAUUUGCUGGAUUUAGAAGACACUUAUGCAUUUGGGUAACUGUUUAGAACAAGGAUGACC